CAAAAAUAGAAUAAUAUGUGAUAGAACGAUCUAGACGAUUGUAGGGAUGACUACUUGAAGAUAUUGCAGCCCCGUUAUCUAAGCGUCAGAUGAAGAAGUAGACGAACAGUUCACCUUCCACAUCGCAAAAUAUGAAGUCAUUUAACCGAUAACAGAAGCGAACAAAUACAAAAGGUGCAGACACAGAUAAUUGUGACGCAGACAAUUAACACGUAAUCCUGAAACAAAAGCGAAUACUUAAUGAACAUGUCGAUGCAAACGCAGAGUAAUGACGUUAAUCAAUAUUCACCUAUUUCUUGUUAAAUGUUAAAGGGGUUAAACGUUUGAGACCAAACUAAGUGACACUUAAGCAACACAAAACUGACACACAUACAUUAUUGUGUGAACCAUGUCGGACACAAUCCUUAACUACAAGUGAUCACUGAGACGAAUGCUACAAUGGUUUGAUGUGUGUGAAACUAACAUCUAUUCAGAAACCAACUUAACUGUAUGUUCUGAAACAUCAAAAAAGUCAAUAUUUUAAGCCAUUUGCCAACCGAAUUAGGGCCAGCGAGCCGUGUUAAGUGUUAGAAUGUCGAGUUCCGCAUCAUUAUGUUGUAAUGAAUGCAAGAAUGAGGUUUUGUGUGAACAAUGUGCACAUCCGCGCGGCAGUCAAACAUUAACUCGAGAUAAUCUGUUGCUAAAUAUAGGCAGCAACGCCGACGAGGCAACAUCUGCGCAAACCGAGAAAGAAACAAUGUUGUGUGACCCUUGUAAAGUUCAAGAGAAAAUGAUUCCUGCGUGUGUCUUUUGUGAAGAUUGUGAUAGUGAAUUUCUUUGCGAGGUAUGUGAAAAACACCACAAAGCACAGAAAUUAACGAGAAAUCAUAUAUUGCACGAUAUCAGCAACUAUGAAAUAUGUUUCAAGGGAACUUUCACUGAGAAACAAAAUAAGUUUUGCGAACCAUGCAAAGCACAAGAGAAAGUAAAUCAAGCGGUUUUCUUUUGCAAACAGUGCCAUAACGAACUGCUUUGUGAAUCAUGUGGGAAUUAUCACCCGUUUCAAAGGAUAACUAGAGGACAUAUUUUGGAAGAUAUACGCAACUUCGUGGAAUUAAUACCUGAUAAUAUUACCAACACAAAAUUGUUGCCUUGCGAUCCAUGUAAAGCGCAAGAAAAAAACGUCGUCGCUGCUUUCUUUUGCAUUGAAUGUGGCAAUGAACUGCUCUGCGAUCCCUGUGCAAAAUACCACAGUUCACAGAAGUUAACACGAGACCACCAAUUACAAGAAAUAAGUAUAUAUACGGUAAUUGAAAAUGAUCCAGACACUUUAAAAAAUCAGAUGCGAUGCGGGCCAUGCAAAGCGCAAGGAACGACAAUUGAUGCAUCUUUCUUCUGCAUAGAUUGUGGUCAUGAAUGUCUUUGCGAAGCAUGUGGUAAGUACCACAAUUUACAGAAGAUAACGCAAUUGCAUAGAUUGCAAACUAUUAGCAAGUACGUGAAAGGCGCGACUUUUGAAUCCAUUAGCAAACUGAACAAGUUCUGCCAACGAUGUAAAGUUUAUGACAAAGAAAGUGUCGCAUCUUUCUUUUGCACUGAAUGUGAUAAUGAGCUGUUUUGCAAGGCCUGUGAAAAACACCAUAGUUCACAGAAAAUGACUCGAGGCCAUACAUUGCAAGAUAUAAACAGGCUUGUGGAAAAUGCAAAUGCGGAUGACAGCGAACGGCAAAUAAAUCAUUGCGAGCCAUGUAAAAUUCAAGGUAAAACAACUCCAGCUUCUGUCUUUUGUGCUGAAUGUGAAAACGAAUGCAUGUGUGAAUCAUGUGGGCGAUAUCAUGAAUCACGGAAAGCAACUCUGGGACAUAUUUUACAGGACAUUAUAAUGUUUAAUGAAGAUGCUGGUCCUAAGAUUGUCGACAAACAAAUAAUGGUCUGUGAACAAUGCAAAGCUCAUGAGAAAAGCAGUAAAGCAACCGUCGUUUGCGUUGAUUGUGAACACGAAUUGCUUUGCGGACCGUGCGGUAAAUAUCACACUUCCCGAAAGUCAACACGAACGCAUAUCCUGCAGGAUAUACGUAUGUAUUUCGGAGAGGCGAUUGCAAGUGGUGGGGAAGUCGCCGUGGAAAAUAAGUUGUGUAAACUAUGCAAAGUGCAUGGCAAAAAGAGCCCAGCAGUAUAUAUUUGUUCAGAAUGUGAAAAUGAGCGAUUUUGCGAGAGUUGUGGACAAUACCACAACCGUCAAAAAUCAUUUCGGUAUCACUUACUACAGAAAAUUGAUUGUCAGCAAAACAUCAUACUAGCAAAUGCCUCAGAUUGCAGUGACAUGCACACACCAGGUCCACCUGUUGCAAGUAACAUAGGUUCUGAUACAGUUACUCUUUCGUGGACGAAGCCUGGUCGAUUCAAAGAGGGAGAUUGUUUUCAAAUUGGUUGCCGAGAAUCAAACGAGUCCAGAUGGAAAAUAUGCCAGGACAAUAUUGAAGAUAAUUCGUACGUGCUAAAAAAUUUAAGAUCAAACUCAAACCUUGUGUUUCGUGUUCGGGCAAUGUAUAAUGAUUUCGAAAGCAAUUAUAGUGAAGAAAGUGAUAUAGUGACGACUCCUAGUUCACCUGCAUCACGGGUUGUGGACUUUUGUACCGUAUGUGGUGAUGAAGAUAAAUACCCAAUUUCGUAUGUAUUGCCUGCAAGCGAGGUACAGUCUUCGAGAAAUUGUAAUGCGAAGACAAGGAGAUUUGAAGUGGGCUCUCCACGAAAGGGAAGAUUUGACGAGAAAACCAUAUUGUUAAUUGGUGAGACAGGGACAGGAAAAAGUACGCUUGUUGAUGGAAUGGCGAAUGUUAUUCUUGGUGUGAAUUGGAAUGACCCAUUUAGAUUCAAGAUGGUUAAUCUAGAGGACGAAGAAAAACAGAAGAAGGAGAAUCAGGCGCUUUCACAAACGGAAUGGAUAACGUGUUAUACAAUGCAUCCUCAAAAAGGCGGAAGACUUCAAUAUACGAUUAAUAUAAUUGAUACACCUGGAUUUGGCGAUACACGUGGACUGCAGAGAGAUCAUGCUAUCGUCGAACAAAUCAGGGAAUUGUUUUCUGUGGAACCGCCCCUAGGAGUUGCAAUCAUUGACGCUGUGUGUUUUUUAGUCAAGGCUCCAGAUGCCAGAUUGACACCUACACAAAGUUAUAUUUUUCAAUCAAUCAUGUCAAUGUUCGGAAAUGACAUUGAGGAAAAUAUAUGCUCUUUGAUAACAUUUGCAGAUGGCCUUGAACCUCCUGUAAUUGCAGCCCUCAAAGAGUCCAAACUACCAUUCGGAAAAUGGUUUACCUUUAAUAAUUCUGCUUUGUUUGCAAAAAAUACAGAGCUAGACCAAUCCAGCUUAUCGCCAAUGUUCUGGGACAUGGGAUUGAAAAGUUUCCAAAACUUCUUUCAAUACUUAGAAGCAUUACCUGCAAAAAGUUUGCAAUUAACCAGCGAUGUUUUGAAUGAACGAUUUAGAUUAGAGGCAACUGUUAAAAAUCUGGAGCCGCUCUUGGAUACCGGUCUUAUUAAAAUAGAUGAGCUGAAAUUUGAGAUAAAAUGUUUUGAAGACAAUAAAGCAAUUAUUGCUGAUAAUAAAGACUUCAAAUACAAGGUUCAGACUACAAAGCAGGAAAAGAAAAACCUUCCGAUCGGCCAGCAUGUAACAAAUUGUUUAAACUGUCACUUUACUUGCCAUGAAAAAUGCAGAGUACCAAAUGACGAAAAGAAAAGAAAGUGUAGUGCGAUGAAUAAAUCUACCGGGUAUUGCAAAAUCUGUCCCGAAAACUGCUUUUGGAACAAGCAUUCAAACACGCCUUACAUAUUCGAGUAUAUUGUUGUGGAGGAAGAAAAAACGUAUGCAGAAAUGAAAAAGAAAUACCAGGAUGCGUCAGGGAAAUUGCCUAAUCAGGAACAGCUGAUUGUCAGAAUGGAUGAGGAAUUACAAGAAAUGCUUGAUACGGUAGAUGCAAUGAUGGACAUUGUUAACACCUGCAACAAUCGCCUUAAAGAAAUAGCACUGAGGCCAAAUCCUCUUUCAAUGACCGAGCACAUAGACCUGCUUAUCGAGAAUGAAAAGAUGGUAAAGAAGAAAGGUUGGAAUAAACGGAUUACAUCACUGCAAAUGUUUAGGAAACGUUCUCUUAUUGGUGACAACGUCGACAAAUUCAGACGAGAAGCCUCAACUGUAGUUACGGUUGCCAUAAAAAAUGACAAGUCUAAAAAAAAUAUUUUUAAGCGUGCCUGGAAUUGUUUUGCUCGCUGAAACGUAGAUCCAUGUAUAAUGACUCUGAUUGUUAUACGUUUGGUGCUUUAAUACACGCUUGAGCAUUCUCCAGCAACAAUUAUUUCGCUUGCUUUUGAAAAAGAUCCAGUGCGUGAUUUGAAAACGGACAAAAGAUAUAUUAGGAGCUGGUGAGACUUGAUAUUGAUUUCGUUGUUGUAAAUGUAUUUUGAUACAACAUUGUAAAUGCACAUUUAAACUAUU